GCUCGACUCCGCGAGUCACCUCGUUCUAGCUCAAUAAUAUUACGGUUAUUCUUCCUAAAUUAUAUCGUCAAUUUAGCUCACUUCGUCGGCUUACUUUCGUUCCGAUUCAGUGAAAGUUUACAAUCCGGAACGUGAAUACAAAUUUACUGCAGAAACGCAGAAUAUUUAUCUUUUGCGGGUUUUUUUUUUUCGAACUAAACCGAGUUAGCUAGCGUUACCUGCCUAGCGUAAGCACUUCCUGAACGAAUAAACAGUGUUUUUAGUCGCUAGUCAAUCACAGUUAAUCAAAAUGAAUCGUUUAGUUGUAUUCAUUAAAACUCAUAUAGAUGAACAAUGUAUAUUUAGCUAGCGUUAGUUUAUUUUAAUUGUCGGUAUUGUUUGCUAGCAAGCAGCUAGCGCGCUAACGGCUGUGCAUUAGCUGUUUAUGGUAGCGCGUGUGAGGCGAAUAGGCGUAAAAAUAAGGUUUGAAGGUUUUAUUUCUUGGUUGGAUCCGAAAGGUUGUUGAUUAUAAAGGAGAAGCGCUUUUGUGGAUCACUGAGACACCAGACCUCGUACAGCACUGAUGUAGCAGCCGAAACCUCAUACACUCAACAGAUAGAAAACCUCUUCUUAUCCAUCAGACUUGUAACUUCUGAGGAACCUUUCUCUGGUUAAAAACAAGUGUGAAAAUUUCCUGGGUUUUUGACUGAUGGGAUGUGAGGAUGUCGGAGGAAGGGGAAGCUCGCUCAGUGAACUCGCAGUUCGCUGUCUCUGUUCUUGACCAACUAAAAUUGUUCUAUGAGGAAAAAUUACUAACUGAUAUCACACUGCUGGUGGAGGACCAUGAGUUCCACUGCCAUAAAAUCAUCCUGGCCACAUGCAGCUCUUACUUCAGGGCAAUGUUCAUGAGCGGUCUGAGUGAGAGCAAACAGUCACAUGUUCACCUGAGGAACGUGGAUCCCAUAACACUGCAGACCAUUAUUGCAUAUGCUUACACGGGAAAUCUGGAAAUCACACACAGUACAGUUGAGAUACUGUAUGAAACAGCUUGUUUUCUACAGGUGGAUGGAGUGGUGUGUGCUUGCCGGGACUUUCUCCUGCGCUCACUUUCGGUGGAGAACUGUGUGCGUAUACUAAGUUUGGCCGAUGCGUUCGGCUGUGCCGAGCUGAAGCGCAGCGCUCAGCGUGUGGUGGAGCUAAACUUUCGGCACGUGUGUCGGGACGAGGCCUUCCUGCAACUCUCUCACACUCUGCUGCUGGAAUUGCUGGGCAGUGAUGCACUGGACGUAGAGCGCGAGGAGACCGUACGACAGGCAGCCGCACUGUGGCUUGAGCAUGACGCGGCACACCGGGAGCGCCACCUGUCGGCCGUGCUUAGCCUGGUGCGCGUGGAUGCCUUGGCCGAGAUCACGCAGCGCGCCUGGUUCCGUGGCUUACCGCAAAACCACAAAUCCAUUGUCAUACAGGGACUGUACAAAUCCAUGCCCAAGUUUUUUAAGCCACGCUUGGGAAUGACAAAGGAGGAAAUGCUCAUUUUUUUGGACGUGGAUUCAGCGAGCGAUUACAAUCAUGACUUCCAUCGCCCUCCCACUGAAUUUAACAAUCUGCAUUUGCGCCGCUCGCCCAUCAACAAUAACGAUGACGAUUUAUCUUUACAUCCCUUGCCUAGCACCACCGAUGACGCGCAACGCUCAAUCACGUGCUACAGCCCCCAAGCUGAAAAGGUCUACAAGCUGACGAGUCCUCCAGAGGACUUGCGCAGGUUCGGGAUGCUCGUCAUACCCGAUAAUGAUGUGUUUGUUGCUGGAGGUGAACAGCCAGUUAAAAACGGCAAAUGGAAAGCAGUCCAGAGUUUCUAUUGGCUUGAUGCGCAGCAGAACUCGUGGGUGGCAAAAGCCUCCAUGUCGAGCGCACGUGUACGCCCCACGCUUGUCUUCUGCCAUGGGUUUGUCUAUGCCAUCGGAGGAGGUGGCUAUGACGUAGGAGGAAGCCACGACGAUGACGUCACGAUGGAACGUUACGAUCGCAGAAGAGAUGAAUGGAGUGCGGCGUGUUCACUGCCAACUCACAGCUCCUUGAGCCAAAACAACAUGGCCGCCGUAGCUGUUAAUGACCGCGUCUACAUAGUUAUCCAUGACGCUAUGUUUUUCUACUCACCGCGUAAUGACGUGUGGACAGAAAUUAUGACUCAGAGAAAAAGAAGCUGCUUAGGCUCCGCCUCCUUCUUCUUAGGGACUGGCACCGCUGCUGUUCUUGGCGACCUCAUUUUCUAUGUUGGUGGAGGAGGAGACGGUGCUGUGGAGCUUUACGAUACAAUAAGGGACGAAUGGCGCGCGGUCGCUCCGUUGCCUGUCGCCGAUGACGGAGAUAGUGCAGCUGUAUCAGAAGUGUGCGCGCGGGCUGUAGUUCUGCUUGAUACGUUGUGCGUUUUUGCACGCGAUCGUCAGGGCGGCUAUGCGCUAAUACGUUAUGACGCGACACGAGAGCGGUGGCUUCGCCCCCAGCCCAUCCCCCACCGUGCCCUUGGUCGUCUCGGUAACCGCUUCCGCCUUGCCGUUGCCAAGCUCUACCCAUCCUGCCUUACUGAGUUGCCGUGGAAACCACCAUCAUGCCCGUUCCCACCUGACGAUGAGGAAGACUUUGGCACGGAUGGCGACGCUCUGGAGUUGCCAGAUUUAUAAAGAAGCAGCGGCUGUUUUUUUUUUUUUAUCUGGACAGAGAGACUGCUCUUCACAGUGGCCACGCUUUAUCUAAAUUUAGAGACCUUGACACGAAACAGUGGCCAUUAAAAAAAAAAAACAUUUGGAUGUUUACCUUAUCUUAAAGGGUAGGCAUUUCAAAUCAGUGAGGUUAAGACCGUCAACAAUGUUCAAAGUAAUUAGCGCGCGACUGUCUUAGUGAGCAUGUUCCAGGAGAAACACUAACGGGCUGAAAGCUGUAAGAGGCGGGCACGUGUCUCAGCACGUCUGCGUUUCGCUUCGAGACUAAGUUGUCCUGUUUGACGAGGGAAAAGCACUCAAGGGAUUCGUCUUCAAUCCAUGUCAUGAUGUUUAACUUAUUCAUAAGGUGAAGGGAAAUGACGAUAAACAUCCUAGAAAUCCCGGAGUCGUAGCAUGUAUAGCAUUUUGUAUAACAGGAUUGCUGAGGAGGGAUCGUGAAAAUCAACACAAAAAGUUGUGCUAGACAAUUACCGCACGGCAGACAGGGGCCAUCAUCAAUCCAAGCAGAAGGACUGCAAGGUUACUCAAGAUGGCCAAAAGGUUUUUCCUUUUUUAGCGUGUCUCAAACACAAAUUCUUUUUCAAGAAGGUAAAGAUGUUGAGUGUACUGAGAACAAUCUGCCGUUUUUGGAUGUGAACUUAUGCUGUUAAAGAAAACGCAAAAAAAAAAAAAGUCAAAGAUUUCGAGACUGUACUCUGGAAAAGGGUCUCCUUCGUGAUGAAACCCCCCCCCACACACACACACACUUGUGAUGUCACCACUGACCACGUGUAUGUACGAUGGAUGAUGCGAUUUCUCCGGUGCAAAGCCGAGCUCGUCGUCGCUCCCCAGACUGAUUUCUACUGUUCAUUCAUGCGUUGUUACUAUUUCUCAUUUCUCGAUGAUGAUGAUGAUGCACUUGCUUUUAAAUCUUCCACCAUAUGGCUGACAUGUACAGGUUUGUGUGUGUAUGUGUGGGUGUGUGUAUAUGUGAGUGUAGGGCUUCUUUUUUUUUUCUUUUUCUUUUUUAAAUGAGCAGAAUUUGACUGCAGGUUCGGUCAUGUUUUUUUUUUUUUUUUUAGUCUUAGCUUUGAUUCUCCUCCAUACAUCCAUCUCAUGGUAUUUCCAUCACAUGCUCAUUACAUAACUGUAUCCAAUUAAACAACUAAAUUGCGUUGGGAGGGGCUCCAAAGGGGCUUGAAAGGUUUAAAUUGGAGCAAAAAAGUCAGUUGUGACAUCGUGGCUAGUUUGAAGUUUGAUUCUGUUGGCGGUGUUUCAUGCCCGUUAGCUAGCCUGCGUUUGUUCCUAGACCUCAAUCGUACUUGCAUUACUUUUAAAUUAACUAGCUAGCUGUUUGGCUAACACCUGUUACCAAAAGCGAAAUGCUUGUUCCAAAUAAAACACUUUACACAAACAUUGUAAUUUGGAGUGUUAUUUGGGACGCAGCCUCAAAGAGUUCCUAAUGUAUCGUGGAUGUUUAAUGUUUCCCCAGAUAAGCACUGUUCCAACAUGCUGGACAAGCCAAAAGCAAAAAGCUAGGCGACAAAUACUAAGAUCGUUACGGUAACCUGAAAGGCCGAUCAGUCUGUCGAGCGAGCUAGAUGACGAAAACAAAAGUAACCAAGCGACGGGAGCAUUGCUUUGAUCUUAUACCCGAGAACUGUUUGGGAUGCAAUCCACAUCCAAGUCGCCAUGGUGACCAGGAAUCUAGCUUUUAAACACUCUUGGUGUGUUAUUUGUUGUUCUCGUUUUGUGGUGUGGGACACAGCUCAUGGUGCGACACUUGGUUUGGGACGCAACCAAAAUCUGACACGUCAGACCUGAACACUUCAAACCCUCAGCUGGUCAUGUGUCAUUUGGGACGCAGCCCAUGACCAUGGCAAUUCGUCAUUAGAGUAAUUUAAUACCUUGUUUGGGACAAAGCCUAAGAAGUACUCUUCGAAAUAUUCAGAAAGCAUUGGAUGGAUAAACACAUUUCUUUAAGACAACUGUUACCAUAGUGUGUGUGUGUGUGUGUGUGUGUGUGUGUGUGUGUGUGUGUGUGUGUGAGUGAUUUCGUGCGUCUGGUUGUGUGUACAUUUUUUUUUUUUAGGGUGGGCAGGGGAGUUUGAUGGUUUUGUUGUCGGAGCAUUUGCCACUAUAACAGAGGGAUUAUGGGUAAUGUGGGGUUUAACUGGUUACUGAGUGUGAUGUAGAGUUCUGACAUUCACUCAGCCUGUCCCUCAGCACUGUACUGCACACACACCUUUAAUUUAUUAUUAAACACCUCACAAA